GAGAUCCCAGCGGGUCACCGGGCACAGCCCACAAGCCCCGAGACGCGCGCGCGCCCGCGCUGUGCACGCCGGGAGUUGUAGUUCCUCCUCCUCCUCUCUCUCCCUGAGAGCCGAGCUUUCGUAGCCCGAGCGCCCCAAGCGGCACGCAGGCUCAGUGAUGCGCGGCGCGCUCGGACGGCGGGGAGCGUUUCCUAGCAACCGGGUGGGGGGGAGCGGCUACGUCACGGUGGCAGCUUCUAAGCGCUGCUGGUCACCGUAAGGGCCGCGGGGUGUACCCUCCAGCAGCUGCAGGCUGGUGGAAGCGCUCCUCAUAGCUCUGUGUCCUCAAGUCUUGGUUCGCCUUUACCCGCCUAUCGCGCUCCUGGUGGCAGAGAGCAGCCUCCCGCCGCGACCCCGCCGCCGAGGCCCUGGCCGGAGGCUAGAGGUGGCCGUCCGGGCUCCCGCCCGGCCCUCGCCUCCUGCGCCCGCGGACCCCGCCGCCCGGCCUCGGCGGGACGAUGCUGGAGUCCAUUCGCGUGACGGAAAAGCUUCACUGGCCUGAGCAAGAACUUGCUAAGAAGUCUAUUCUAAAUGCAGAAGAUUCAUUGAUCGCUGACAGCAAAAGAAACAUUUCCCAUUUACCCCCUGGAAUACUAAAGGACAUUUUCACAACUGGAACCAGUAGUUACAAUGUCCUACUACAGAGCAAGGAGGAGAAAAAGCAUCAUUCACAAAAAGAGUCUUCCUCCAUCCACUCCAAAAGAUGUAGAAAACCCAGCAAAUCUCCUAGCUCUUCUCAUAGCAAAGAUUCUCACAGGACGAAAACCCCAGUGCCUGUGACAAGCAGCAGUAGUUGGUACUGCUUGGAGAGGCAGCCUGCUGUUUUUGUCACUAGUUCAUUGUCAAGUCCUGUAAAGUUUACACAUGAUAUCUCUGUUACAGGGAGCAGCCUAGGACUGCCACCUAAACCCAAAAGCAAGGUCAAGUGGCAUCAUUUCUCCACACUUCCAAAGCCAAAGCCACAGCCGCAACCUCAGCUGUCUAGAAGCUUUGAAAAAGAUGACUUUUCUGGAAAAAAAUUUUGUAUAUUGACUGCUAUAAAGCCUACCAACUUGGAGAAAGAAAAACUGAGAUUCUUCAAAUCUGACUAUACCUACAAUCCUCAAUUUGAAUAUGCUAAUCCUGCUCUCCCAAGUGUGUUAGCCAAGCACAGCAAUGCAUCUGACCGAUUUCUUAAGCAGUCCAUCAAUAUUAUGGAACUGACUUUACAGAAAUAUGGAAGUUAUGAAAAAUUUGAACAAGCCACUGGUGGUAGCUUGCUUUCUAAACCUCGAAUCUGGAGUCAUGUUAGGAAGUACAUGAUGAAGGAAGGCUGCCUGGGGGAGAUUGUAGUUCAUCUCACUGAGGACCUGCUGUCCCGGGCUUCAAUGACAGUGGUGAACGGAUGUCCAACUCUGACCAUCAAUGUCUCCACUGCACGUGAGCAUUGGCUGGAGGGAAUGCUGAGGCAUGAAAUAGGUAGGAGCAACCUUUUUCGCGGUAUUAACAACCUCAGCGCGUGGAACAGUUGGAAUGGCCGUAAAAAACAUGGAUCUAAAGCAAUAUUCAAUCCCAGAGGGAAGGCUAGCAAGUUAGUUCACAGUGUCCUGUUUAGAAAGACCCGUUUUUUAUGAGAGGCUGCCUCCUUACUACAGUUUAUCGGCCAGUCCAAAUGUUCUUUUGGACUCUUCAAAGAUAUUGGCAAGUUUGUCAAGGACCCCAAUACAAGAUGGGAUUAUUGUGUACGGGCCAAAAGGGGAUGGACUGAUACUUCCCAACCAGGGUGUUUUAGUAAAGACCAGGUGUACUUGGAUGGAAUUCUUCAAAUCCUCCGAUACAGAAAUACCAUAGACUUUCAUCUACUUACAGCCCUGGGAAAGGUUUCUUAUGAAGAUGUGGAUCGCUUAAAAGGAUUGGCAGUUAUUGAAAACAUGAGGGUCCCUCACUUCCUGCAGGACCAUAGCCGAUAUAUGGAACACUUACAGAAGAUCAUGGAAGUGAAUGAACUGACUGACAGGGAACUGAAAGACCUUAUAAGUAAUUAGCAUUCUUGCAAACAUAGCUAAACCAUACCUCCUUGUAUAUUACCAAUUGGGUGCAGUUAGCACCAGCAUAUUUAUAAAAGAAGAAUGGCUGUUUGAGUUUUCUGAA